AUGAAUGCAGUCGAUGUAAACCGUUCUACGCUUUUGAUGAACGAGAUGCAAAAUUUCACCGACAUUCACAGGGAUGGUGUGGUUUGUUUGGCAUCCAGCAAUGUCUACUUCAAAGUAGCUACAGGUAUAGCCGUGGUCGGUAUUAUACUUAACAUUUUGUUCAUUUAUGUUUUGCGUCGAAUCCCUUCCGUGAAGACUACUGCAAACAUAUAUCUUGUGAAUCUGGCUGUCGCCGACCUGUUACUUCUCAUCUCGGUAUUGGUGUACUAUGUGUUUGUGAUCACCGGAGGCGUUUAUAUUCUUGAAAACGUUGGUUUUAUAUGCUACAUGACAAUCUUUCAAAAUCUCUUACUUUUCACGUCUCUUUUAACAGUUAUUGUUCUUAGUGUAGAGAGACACAUCGGUAUUUGCUACCCACUGAGAUUUCGCAACACUCUUACUAAAAAAAGAGUAAUCUCUUUAGUUCUGUGCACGUGGUUGUUGGGAACCCUUCUCAGCAUUCCACGGGUGAUGGAAUGCUUUGUCUCCGGUAACACGCGGAAACAAGUACAGAACGUUGCGUACGCGUUGUAUAUCGUCAUCUUCUCUGUCUCCUUGGUGGUACUACCUGUUAUGUACGUGAUGACGGCGCAAAGUUUCCGAAUGUUUAUCCGGCAGUUGGAGUCAGACGUUCGUGCUAUUCGAAGGUCGGACGAGAAACAGAUACUGAUAACAUGCGUGUCCAUUACCACUGUCUUCUUCCUGUGCAUGACCCCGACUGUCUUCAAGUUCAUUGACCACCUAACAUACAACGUCACUGGUAACUCCUCUGCUGACGUAAUGGCUAUCAUUUGCAUAUACGAUUUAUCGCGUUGGUUAUUGAUCAUAAGUCUGGUUGUCAACCCUAUACUGUAUAAUCUGAUCAGCUCAACCGGACGUAAAGCAUUCCUCCAAGCAUUCGGCUGUCGUGAACCAGUUCAGAGAAGGAAGACGGUCGCUACAACAACAACAACAACAACAACAACAACAACAACAAAUGCAGAUUUAAAUGUAUAG